AUGCCAACCAGGACCAUCAAAAUUACAUUUAAUGAUCCACAAAAUCGAAACGCAUUCGUACAUACUGGUCUACAAGUGGAUUCAAUGCAUUUCUUAGCUGAACCAGCAACGCAAAAUACCAAGCCGGUGCAAUGUUAUUUAUGCCUUCAAUACAAUCAUGUAGCAAAGUACUGCAAAACUAAGCAACAGCUAUGUGCUCGAUGCGGUGAUAACCACCAAAUGGAUCAAUGUACUGCUGUUUCGGAUUUGUUAAAAUGUUACAAUUGUAAAGGUAAUCACUUAGCUACAUCUAAUGUUUGUUCGAAAUAUAUAGAACAAGAAAAAAGACUGCAAUGUUUGGUCAAUCAAUAUACCACGUCUUACAAGGCGGCGUUACCACCAGCAUUAAAUGAUCUUAAAGAAUUUCCAUCUUUACCAAGCUUCACACAUCGAUCACAAGAACAUCUACACAGUGAUUUCUUGGAUCAACUAGUCAACAUUCUUUCUAGUAAAAUGGAAAAGAUUAUUGAAGAAACAACAAAUCGUCUAAUAAAAUCUCUCCAGCAAAGAAUCAAGAAGAUCGAAAAAACCAGUGCAGCAGUUGAAAAUAUCAUCAGCAAAGACGAUAUGGAUAUCGAUUCGAUGUCUGAUUCGGAUAGCGACGAUGAUAUCAAAGUAUUAAAUACCAAAAAGGUUAAACAACAACAAAAACAAUCUUCAGUUACAACCAAACCUGCAAAGACCAAGAACAAUCCUGCAUCCACAUUAAUUACAACAACAACAACACAGUCACCAUCUAUUACCACCGAUACUUCAACCAAAGCCCAACGAAAACCCAAAACAACAUCUAAAACAGUCAAACGAAAUCGUUCUUCCAACAGCUCGUUAGAUUCCACUACAACUGAUAGCAAAUAA